GCGAUCACAUUUCUAAUAUUCUCCGUUGCAACAAUGGAGCGCAUCAAAUUGCAAUCCUCGGAUGGGGAGAUCUUUGAGACAGAUGUGCAGGCAGCCAAGUGCUCGAUAACAAUUAAAACGAUGCUAGAGGAUUGUGGCUUGGAUGAGGAUGAUAAUGCAGUUGUGCCCCUGUCGAAUGUUAGCUCAAAUACUCUGCGCAAUGUUAUCCAUUGGGCGGAGCAUCACAUGGACGAUGAGCCGUCGCUUGACGACGACGAGGCGGAGAGCUUAUCGAAUGGGAUGAUCAGCAGCUGGGACAAGGAAUUCAUUAGCAAAGUGGAUCAAGCCAUGCUCUUUCAGCUAAUGCUGGCUGCCAACUAUCUGGAUAUCAAGGGCUUACUGGAGCUCACAUGCAGAACGGUGGCAAAGAUGAUCAAGGGCAAGACAUCGGCGGAAAUUCGGCAAGUCUUCAAUAUACGUCAGCAUCCAUUUGAUCAUGGGCAGUAGCUGCUCAGCUGCCCAGUUGCUCCGCUGUUUGGUUAGUGUAUUUAGUUUUUCCGGCAGCAUGAGCAGGUACAGGUGCAGGAGUGGGAGCAGCAGCAGAGCAAGUCGAAUUCCUGGUCUUAAUUUGGCAAAAAAAGAGUCUUGGGUAAUAAAGCGAAUUGUGGCCGCAUUGUCAAAAGGCGGCAACUAAACGCAUAUAUUCAACGCAAUAAAAGCAACCAAAUCUGUUGGAAGCUCUGCAUCUUA